AUGGGCCAGUGCUGCUGCAAGCUUUAUUAUUGCCUCCAGUGCCUGGACAAGACGGUACUCUGCCUCUUCCUUUUUUCCUACUUAAUCCAAAGGGCUGUGACGGCUAGCCUUGUGUUCUCUCUUAUUCUUCCUCUAGCUAAUGUUGAGAAUGUUGCUUUGCAAGCUGCAGCUGACUGGGAAGGAAGGAGGGAGGGAGGGAAGGAAGGAGGGAAAUGGGGAGAGGGACUGUGAUGAUGUCCAUCUUUAUUUAUAUAAUGUGCUGACUUCUCAUUCGCUAGCACCAAACAAAACCGUCAGAUUCACCUAAGACUGCAGUGCCUUGCAUCAUUUCACCCUGCAGUCUAAAACUGAAGCUUUUAUGAAGUUUUUAUGAAGCAGUAACAUACUGGGGACCUACUGGAUUUGGAGCUGAUUUGAUUUGUUGUUUCGCUUUUGUGUUCUGUUAAUGUUACCUGUGGAAUGCAGAUUGGAUUGUAGCUUGCAUUUUGAGAUGUGUGUUUUGCUUGCAUGGCAAAUAUCUGUCUUCUCUUGGCAGCCUCUGCUUUUCAUUUGUUAAAUUUUAUUUUGUUUGCUGCGCUCUUCUCCUGUGUCAGGGGAAUGUGGGGUGGAAUUGAAUUUUUGCGUGUUGAAUUGAAAUGUGUCAUGGAUUGUCACUACAGAGUUCACAACAGUAUCUACAGGUAGCUGAAUGAAUCUGAGUUAUUUCUAACACACAGCUUGUCAUUCUUUACCACUGUGAGCGUUAAUUUGGCAUUGUGAGCUCACAGAUGGAACCAGGUAGAAAAUGUGCACCAGCUUUUGAUUUGCUUAAUAGGAAAGACAUUGGCAGAAAUACUCGGCUUGGUAGAUUUUGUUUGAGGCUGGGAUGAUCUUGCUAAUCCACUGAAAAACAAACUGAAGCUUCCUCUUCUCGAUCUGAUUAUUGGGUUAAAGUAUAGCUUGCGGUGUGUUGCCAUCCAUGUAAAGGAAAAUGUAUGGCUUAAUAAAGAACUCGGCAAACUGUGCACUCUUGGGGAAACGGUGGUGAUAAGUUGGGCUUGUAAACUUCAAUCUAAAAAGAACAGUGGGGGCAGGGAAGAAGGUGACUGGCUAUCUACUGCAGGGGCAGUUUUUUAGAUGUUUUAUGGGAAAGACAGAUGGCAGAUCAUUUUUAAUCCCAGAUGCAAUAAAAUGUGGCUAUUGCCUUCCUGGAGAAUCAGAUGAAAUAUUUAUUAAAGGAGCUAUGUGGCUUCCCCCAGUAUGCUAAGAAAAGGAAGCCUUUGCUCCGGAGGCAUUCCAAAUAGUGCAGCCAUGACUAAGCAGCACAUCCCCUCCCAAACCUGAUUAGAUUUUGUCAGAGAGGGAGAGAGAAUGCUUGAGCCAAAACAGAGUCUACUGUACUUGGAACAAGGAGACCUGGGUUCAGCCAUGAACUCUCUGGGAGGCCUCGUCGUUUGUAAUGUGUGCAUAUUAAUGACCAUAGGGAUGUUGUGGGGCUGAAAGAGAUAAUUACUGUAAACCACUGCAAAGUGCUUGUGGAAUAAUUAACAGUAAUAAAUGCAGAGAGUUCAGAAUUGGAGAGGGGAUGUGACAUUGCAGGCAUGCUCGAUACAUGUUUGUCAUUUGGAGCAUAGAGCAUCCCAGGGUAACAUCAGGCAGGUUCAGAUGACCAGAAGUGGGGUUCUAAGCCAUUGAGACCACUUCCUCUUGCAAUUAUAGCACUGUAUGGGGCACAGAUGGCGCUGUGGGUUAAACCACAGAGCCUAGGACUUGCCGAUCAGAAGGUCGGCGGUUCGAAUCCCCACGACGGGGUGAGCUGCCAUUGCUUGGUCCCUGCUCCUACCAACCUAGCAGUUCAAAAGCAGGUCAAAGUGCAAGUAGAUAAAUAGGUACCGCUCCGGUGGGAAGGUAAACGGCGUUUCCGUGCGCUGCUCUGGUUCGACAGAAGCGGCUUAGUCAUGCUGGCCACAUGACACGGAAGCUGUACGCCGGCUCCAAUAAAACGAGAUGAGCCCGCAACCCCAGAGUCGUCCACAACUGGACCUAAUGGUCAGGGGUCCCUUUACCUUUACUAUGAGGAGCUUUCAAGGAGCUCUCCAUCAUCUGAAUCCACCAUUAGUAGGGUCUUGAUGGAGGUAAAAUGUCCUGUGUUGCAAUCUCAUCCUGGGGCCCUUAUGCCAGAGUCAUUGGCAUUGUCUUGCUGGAUCAGACAGUUUUUUGCCUUCUGUUUUGAUGCCUCUGAAGCAAGGCGCAAAGAGAUGGCCGCUCCCAACAGUUUAUACCCACUUGGAAACUUAGUGCCCUUGUUCAUGGAGGCUGCAUUUAGCAAGUAGCAACCAAUGAUUUGUCUAGUCCUUUUACAAACCAGUUAAUUUUAUCACAGUUACCGCUGCUUGUGAUACUAGACUACCAUGACUGAAAGUGUGGUUGGAAAGAGAACUAGCACCAACACCCAGCAUCCUCAAGCAGGGACCAUUGCUGCUGCCAACCCUGAUUCCCCACAGCAGACAGCUGGGUAAUUGAUAGGGCCGGUCCUGUCAUGCCACAGAAGGAGGCAACUGCCUCAGGUGGCAGAUGCAGAAAGGUGGUGAGCAGGCAGAGCCAUGCUUCCUGUCCUGCACUUCCUAAGCUAACUUGCUGGUCUCAGGUGAGGUAGAGGCUGCUGAAGUAAGACCCACUUGCCAAUCUGGUCUGAUAGAAUUGGGGGACCAACAUCUUGUCCAUUGUCCUAGGCAGCAAAAUGUAUUGAGCUGGCCAUAGUACUCUCUCAUUACUGCGGGUAAUUACAGCCCUCCAGGAGAUGGGAAUACCCAUUGCUAGAUUUAAUACAGCCUUCUAGAUCUUGGACUACAAGUCCCAUCACAUUGGCUCUGUUGGCUGAAGCUGAUGGGACUUGUAGUCUAACAAUGUAUGAAAGUCAUCACAUUGAAUUAGGAAUUUCUAAGGUCAAGACGCGGUUGACGCUGUGGGUUACACCACAGAGCCCAGGGCUUGCCAAUUAGAAGGUCGGCGGUUUGAAUCCCCGCGACGGGUGAGCUCCCGUUGCUCGGUCCCUGCUCCUGCCAACCUAGCAGUUCGAAAGCACGUCAAAGUGCAAGUAGAUAAAUAGGUACUGCUCCAGCGGGAAGGUAAAUGGCGUUUCCAUGCGCUGCUCUGGUUCUCCAGAAGCGGCUUAGUCAUGCUGGCCACAUGACCCGGAAGCUGUACGCCGGCUCCCUUGGCCAGUAAAGCAAGAUGAGCGCCGCAACCCCAGAGUCGUCCGCGACUGGACCUAACGGUCAGGAGUCCCUUUACCUUUACCUUUUUAAGUUCAAGACUAGCACUUAGAAAUCUCACAUUUUAUGGCUCUUUAGCCAACCUGACUGUGAGCAUAAAAAUUAAAAGAUUUUAAAAACAGUCAAUCCGUAUUGUAUGGUUCAGAGCAUAUUGUUUGAAUCAAGACAUGUUGGGGUUGUGAAGGCUCAGAACAAAAGUGGUUUCUUUGUUUGCCGAUACAUUUUAAUGAAAGCUUAUUAUAUAUGACAACUGUAAAUUUAACAGUCUCAGGCCUUUUUGUUUGAGACUUUUAUAAUACCAUGUGUGAGGUCCAAGGUAUAUUAACAUUGCAUUCAUGGGAGGAAAUAUUCAAGGGCAUUUGCUCAUUUUCAAAUGAAAGUAACAUCUCUGAUCUGUGGGUUUUAUUUACUGAGACAGAAAUCCACAAACAACACCAUGAUGAUGAAGAAGGCUUUUUCAUUUCAUAUCAGCGCAACAUUUGCCUGUGCAUCACAUAUAUCUACAGCCCACACUUAUAAGAUAAUGGAACAUGUCAGGGAAUUGUAAUAUGCUUCACCUCUAAGGUAUCCUGAGGUUUGAUAUGAAGAUUAGCUGACACCGAACCUAUCCACUUUUUCAGAGAAAGCAAGGUCAGGCAUCUAAUCCUAUUAAUCAUCAGCUCUUUGUCAAAAAGCAUUAUGAAGAGUUGGAAAACAAAUAUUUGUGGCAAAGGGGGGGGAGCCUACCAAUAAUUGUGAAGGACAUUUCCAGAAUGGUUAGCACUGUGUUUUGGGUACAGAUAGACCCUAGGUUCCCAUCUCUGCGUCUGGCUUGUUAUUCAGAUGGGCAUUUCCAUAUUCCAGCUUGGCCACUUUCUGAGAGGGGCACUUACCAAGAUAAUUUAUUUCUGUAGAUCAUACUUACCUGGAUGCAGUUGUACUUCACAAAUGUUCAUUCUUGCUUCUGACCUUUCACUGCAGUCUGAACUGCUCUGGGAAGCAGAGCAUGUCUUGUGUCUUUUCCCCUUUUCCACCAAACGUCCUUUGGCCUUUUCAGAUAAGCAAAGGAAAUGGCCUCAAGCGUAUUGUUUAUCGAGAGGAAAUAGAGAUGGAGAAUUGGGAGUAACUAUAUUUUCAGGGUUUUAUUAAUAUUAUCACAGUAUUCUUAAAGAACAGUGAAGUGUGGGCUGUUGGGUGGCCAAGCCACGUUUAGUGGGAAUUUAUUAUUAAUUCACCCUAAAUAGAGCCAAGGUUAAAAACCGUCCUUCGAGUCCUUGUUCAGUAUGCAGACACUUAGCAAGAAAUGAUUGACUCUUUUUGCCUUCACCAACCUGGUGCAGUCCAGAUGUUUUAGACUACAACUCCGAUCAGCACCAGGCAGCAUGUCCCUAGUCCAAAACAUCUGGAAGCCACCAGGUUGGCAAAUGGCGAUUUAGAUAACCAGGUUUUCACCAUAGGGCCUGAGCAAGGUAUAAUAAAGUUUUGACAUGAAUGUUUUCAUAACUGUAUGAAUAACAGUAGUGUGGUUGUUCCUGGGAUACACAGGAGCCUGAUAAAGUGAGGGAAACUAACAGCAGUCUGAGAUUCUUUGCCUUUGCCAAGGUAGCAUUGCUUAUUCAAGAUAACAUCAGUGAGUCAGCAAUCCCAGAUAAACAAGUUCUAGAACACAAGGCUGAACGAAGAUAACUGUGAAUUUCUUUUUUUAAAAGAUUUUAUUGGAUUUUUACAGUUUUAUAUUCAGUCAAACAACACAAUAUAACAUUUGUUAUAUAAAAGAAAAAGAAAACGCCCCCCUCUCCAUGACUUCCCUCAACUUCCCCUUCUGGUUCUUUAAAUAUUUACUACUUCUGCUUAAUUAUUAUCUUAUUUUUAUAAUCUUAUACUUUAAUACUCUUAUUUUCUUAUCAGUUUUAUACCACUAAACUGUACUGUUAUGCCGUUCUCAUAGCUUAUCAUAGCUUAUCACUUUGUAUUGGUGAAUGCUGUUUUCUGAAUUUUGGGUCUUCCAAAAUGGCUGUUGCCAGUUUAAUGAGCUUCAAACUAAACGUGGCUUUAGUGCCUUCACCAUCCCAGUCAGCAUUUUCCUUUUUCACUUAAGGCAACUCACAGACUCCAAUGUGAUGUUGGUGCAAGGAAGAAGACCAUCUUAACUUUUUCUCCUCCUCCUCCGCUGCCUCCCUCCACCCACCCAAACUGCUUCUGAAUUCCCUUUAUACAGUCUAUUCAGAAGACCCUAAGACUGCAAUCCUAAGCACCCUUAUUUGGGAGCAAGCCCACUGAACACAGUGAGUCUUACUUCUGAGUAAACGCUUCUCAUAAAUUACAUGUUCAUUAACUAAAUACUGUCACUGACAGAGUUAUUAGGCUUUCAUUCCUCCUUAAGAACUUGGCCAUUGAGUCAUUCCUAUAGUUCAUAUUUGGCAAUAUGCUGCCACUCUUUGACUAAUGGAUGCAGAGUCAUCACCAGCCACCAUCAUUUCCCAGAUGUCAGCAUCUAGCACAGUAUUUUUAAUCCUUUCUGUGACCGGACCCCACAUUUUCCAAUAAGAUGUGACAUAACAUCUAAAUUUCCAAAUAUUCCAACAUCCUCUCUUUAUGCAUUGCCAACUCAUUGACUGAUUCUUUUUCACUGCAUUUUUUAUUGUGCUUCUUCUAGUCGCAACUUGAAAAGGCAUUGCUGCUUUCUUACCCCUUUAAAGCUUCCUGAUCUUAUUUUUCUUCUAAUCAGUGGUGACCUCGCCCAGCAUGGUACAGCUCUUUCUUCCAUCCUUCACAAGACAAGGAAUAGCAGUGCAGUAUACAAAAGUGGAUCUAUGUUCUUUUGUGGUGAUGCUCCUGGUAUCUAUUAUACUAAAUCACACUCUGGUGGGUUCUCUUUCAGCAUCUUCUGUGAUUCAUACCUCUCUUGUGAAACAUCUCCCACUAAAAUCAUUACGUUCUAACAAGCAUGUUUCAGUAUGGUCGAGACAAAUGUGUUUUAUGUGUCUAAUCUCUCCCGUCAUUUGAAGUUCUCUGUUCUGAAAUAUAUAAAUAGUGAAAAGAACAAACAGAUAAAAUUUUGAGUGUGUGUAUUAUUUUAUGGAUGCCUAGUUGUACUACUAUGCAGUGUGCAUUGCAAGUCAUUUAUGUGUGCUAUGGACAUAAUCAACAUGCAAACAAAUGAUGUUUUGUAUAUGCUGAAUAUUGUAUUUUGUGGAGUAGAGCACAAUCAAAUGAGUUGAUGGACUCAAGCACAAUAAAAUGAGCUGCUGGCUCCAGUUUUCCUAUUUUGGAAAUGUUCCAGUUUGAGGAUUAGAUGAUAACACCAGUCUCUUCUAGCCUAUACAUUUUUCAGUUACAGAAAUGCCAUUUAAGUCAGGCAUAAUGCUUCGAUCUGCAGAAAACCGGAAUUGAUGUUUGCUCUGAUUUAGCGUUAAAGAGCGGGUUUUUGCAGGGAAAGCUCCAGGCAAAACAAACAAACAAACAAAUGCUCAGACACAGAGCAUUCAGGUGUGGCCCUCUGCCCAGAAAGACAGGGGCAAAAUCCAUACUUACGGCUGCAGUUCUAAACUCAUUCACUAGGGACACAGUUGACAUUCUCCCAAGUAAACAUUCAUAGGAUGGCAUUACAUGGAAGCCAUGACAAAUGAGCCUUUGAGCACACUGUCCAAAAGAAAACUUUGUGAGUGUAAUAUUACAGUUCAAAAUUAUGGUUGUGCAUAUGCUGUUUUUUAACACACCUUCAAUAACCGUUGACAAUAGAAUUAAGCAGUUCACUGCAUGAGGUUUUGUAAAUAAAGGUGUGCAAGCUCUUAGGUGGGAACUUUGUUCAUUCUUGCUCUGCUCUUUGUUUUAACAGAACGAAAGCGCCCUUGUGAAAGAAAAAGAGCUCUCAGCGGAGCUUGCAAACAUCAAAGAUGAAGUUGGUAAGUAGGACAUUAAAUAAGCAAUCUUUAAAAUGUCCUUUUCUGCUUACAGAUGUUUGGUAAAAUGGUUUAUUUCUUCUUCCUGUCAUGCUAGGCAAUCUCUGUGGAUCUAAUAAGGCAUCGCCUUAAGCUCAUCACAGGUUUUUAUGGCUUGUCAGGGGAACAAUAAUUUCACCUCUUUGUUGUUGCUGAGACAGGUUCAUAACUAUACACAGUGGAACUCAUCAUCCAUUAUCUUUACUAUUUGCAGAUGGCAACCUGUAAAUCUACAUUGCCUGCUUUUGAAUUGCAUUCUGUGCCUGCCAUAGAGACUGGGUAUGAAGCUCAGGUCACCCUUAGAUUGAUAAGUUACAAGAGUCACAAAUGGCGUAGUUACUUACAAGCUUUGUUACCUAGGAAUUUGGAACAUGUCAGGCCCAGAAACACUACCCAGCAUGGUCAGGCAAUAGCUCAUAUAACCCGUCCUAGGACCUUAUGGUAAAGCAGGGCUGACCCAGCCAUUAGGCAGAAUGAAGCCAUUGCCUCAGGUGGCGGAAACCCCUGCGGUGGCACCCUCAGCCUCCACCACUAGCGGAGAAGUGGCGCCGGCAACAAUGAAAUGUCCUGGAAUCUUGUAAGAUCUUUGAGUGUGAGAGUUACUGCUUUUCUGCCAGCAGUAGAGGGCAGGCAGCAGAGGUGAAAUGGGAUACACUGGCCUGGGGGUGAAGGGCAGAUAGUUAAUUUAAAAACUCAUCAUCAUCAACUACAUUUUACUCAGAGUAGGCCCAUUGAAAUUAAUGGGCAUAAGUUAGUCAUGGUCAUUCAUUUAAAUGGAUUUACUCGGAGUAAAGUUAGUUGACUGCAACCUAAUAUUUUUACAUAUUUUUACACUCAGCCUAAUGAUAGAACUGGCCCAUAACAAUCCCACUUACAGAGUCAAACGAAUGAAUGAAGCUUCACUUGGGCUGAUAAACUGUGGAAGAAUCACUGUGGUUGCUCAUUUUGAGGAGAAAGGGCUUGGAUGCAGAAGCUCACCUGCCGUUUGGGCUUCCCCAUUGCCUCUCUUCCAUUCAAUGGGGACAGAAGUGACAUUCCACUGAUGGCAUUUUCUUUUCCUCCCAUUAAAAACAGAAAUGCACUUUGAUUGGCCUUCACCCGUAGGUCGGACGCAGAGGGAAAUAGCAUCAGCUUAGUGCUGGGAAAACAUUGUGACAGCAAGUGCUGCUAUUUAACCUGCAGCCGCUUCUCCGUCCAGUAAAUGUCAUUUCCUAUGAAAAUCACACCCAGCCUGUAAGUCAAAAGUGAAACUUCCAUGGAAAUAAAAGAAUAUCUUGGCACUCUCUUGAUAGCUGCGCUGGUCACGGGUGGGGUUUCCUGUAGCUGUUGAGCUUUUCAUGGGCGCUUUUGGAGUCAUGCACUUGUUCUUGGCUGAGAGUUUUAAUUCUCUCCACUUCAUUAAGCUCAUGAGCAGGGUUGUAUUGAACAGUCUGGCAUUGGCAGCUAGCAAAUAUUUAAAUUGCAGAGUCAACUGCUGGGCUGGUGGCUGUAGUUACCUUUCCAUUCUACGAAGUAGCGAUAAAGCAUCUCGUUCAAUAAUGAAAGGCACACCAAACAUGUAACAUAAUCCAGGGGGUUGCUUGCAUACUUAAUUUCAUGUUUAUAACCAUUUGCAUAUUAUUUUCUUGAACGUGACAGAUGCAGAACUACAGAUGGUAGGCUUGCUGCACUUAUUUGGUGACCUUAAAUGUGAAAACUAUGAGCUGGCUCUUGGGUAAUCACGAUGCGCAGAUAUUUAAAUGACAGGAGUUGGAAGGGCUUCAUUUCUACAUGAGGCUUUGUUUCCUUCUUUAAACAUGGAACAAUCACAUGUCCAGCUUUAGGUCUGCAUUCAUGGAGGCUGGAUACCCACUUUGUCUUUUCAGUUAAAUGUAGAGUCCUAGAAGUAUCUUGCAUGCCAUAAAAGUGUCUUAGAAGCAACAAAUUCUGGUUUGUGUGCAGAUCUCCCAUUCUAGAUUGGGUGGUUUUCUGUAAUUUAGGAAUGAAUGCCAGGUCUCUGUGCAUGGGGGAAAAAUUGGUCAGCUUUCUGUUCAACUGUUCCCUUGCAUUAUUAUUUUUUAAGUGAGACAUGCAACAAAAUUUUGAAGGAUGAAGUGUUCCUGUUCAGAGUUCCAGCCAUACCAUUUUCCAAGAUGCUCCAUUCCAUUUCCUUUCUUCCAUUUUUCAUUCUCCCUAGAAAGUCAACAAUCCAUGGCCAUGCUCAUUCCUCAUUGGGUUGUUUUGAAGCUCCUCCUCAUUCAUUUUUUUAAAAAAGACAGAGUUCUGCAAACUUUGAGGUUUUCCUGAGCCAGUUGAUACCUCCCUCUUGUAUGUGGAUGGUCCAAUUUUGGCUCCACUAAAAUCCUUAUUCAUGCAUAGGAUGACUUACGGUUUGCACAUGAGAAAUGCUUUUGCAGAAACUGGCAAAAAAAAUAAAUCUUACAUAUGUGCAAUAUAGUAGCAUCUAUUCUUUCUGUAAAGUCUAUGUGUGUUGGUCAUUGGUUUGCAUACUUCAGUGAGUAUCUUUGGAUUAUCACAUCCUACCAUGUGCCAGUCUCAUUAGAAUGAUAGUUGAAAGACAGGUUUCAUUACAGGAUCAAUUUAAAGCUUGAGUAGGUUUCAAUUAUGAUGAAUCCCCAUUUCUGAGUUUGAGCUGGGUUUUGCUUGGAUUCGGAUAGUUCUGUGCCACAAUGGAAGGCAAUAUAGUAGGUAGCACUAAGUGGUCAUGCAGCAAAAUUACAAAAUAAUUCAAAAUGAGUAUGGAAACUGAAAACAAAUGUUAAAAAUCGAAACUUGAGAAAAUGACCAGGCAAAGCAGAUACUAUUAGUUCUCGUUGAUGGGCAAGAUUUGUGUGGUAUAAUGCUUAGAGUUUCUGACUAAGAAUGAAGGAACCCAGAUUCAAAUCCCCACUCAACCAUGAAGCUCAUUAGGCAAGCCACUGGCCUGGUUAAAACAGAACACAAAACCAUGGUUUAGCAUUACAUGUACAAGAUGUGGUGAUCUUGAGAUUCAUGUGCUUUCCAUUCCUCCUCUGCCACAUAUUGUUCACUAGGGUCAUUUGUUUGUUUGUUUGUUUUUUAGAUUUAUAAACUACCCUUCCUCCCAAAGGAGCCAUGGGUGGCAAACACACACACAAAACAAUUAAAACAUCUAGAACAUAUUGUGCAUGAACAGGUUCUGUGAGAGGAAUACAGUGGUACCUUGGGUUACAUAAGCUUCAGGUUACAUACGCUUCAGGUUACAGACUUCGCUAACCCAGAAAUAGUACCUCGGGUUAAGAACUUUGCUUCAGGAUGAGAACAGAAAUCAUGCUCCGGCGGCACAGCAGCAGCAGGAGGCCCCAUUAGCUAAAGUGGUACCUCAGGUUAAGAACAGUUUCAGGUUAAGUACGGACCUCCAGAACGAAUUAAGUACUUAACCUGAGGUACCACUGUAUUGGACUCCUAACAAUCCUCAGCAUUCUUAACAAACUACAGCUCCCAAGAUUCUUUGGGGAAAGCCAUGACUGUUAUAGUGGUAUAAGAGCGCUUUAAAUGUAUGGUGUGGAUCAGUGCUUUUCUUCUAGAAAGAAAGGUGUUGGUACUCACCAUGAAGUUGUUACAGUAAGUGCCAUAUUUUUAACCAGUAUUUUUGUACACCCAGGGGGAAAAAGCACUGGUGUGGAUGUGACCUAACAUAGCUAACAUAACAUAAGGGAAAUUCCCUUAUUCCGAAUAGGAUUCCUCGCAAGAAAAGGGAAAAGUUGACAGCUAUGCCUAGUAAGACUAUGCUAGACCAGAUGACAUGAUAGCAACAUUCAUUCUGUUUGCAUAGACCCGGCAAAUGACAGCACAGUUCGAAAGAAGGAGUCCAAAUUGCUGUCAGAGUGGGUCGCUUCUAGGUUCAGCAGCAGCAAUUCCAGGAGUCACUAUUUUAAUUUCCCACAAUGCCCCAGAGUGACAUGAUGUCAGGGGCAUUGUGGGAAAUUUCAGUGGCAGCUCCCAGAAGUAGUAACUGUUUAAAACAAGGGUCCAGGCAUCAGAGGUGAGCCUCGCUGGGCCCAGCAGCUAUGUCUGAGCAGGUCGCAGAUUCAGCAGGCCCAUACGUUAGCUGGUCAACGUCUACCCUGCCAGGGGGGUGAGGUAUUGCAGUCUGUUUAAAUUCCAGUACAGUUGUACCUUGGUUUUCGAACACCUUGUGAGUCGAACGUUUUGACUCCUGAAUGCCGCAAACCUGGAAGUGAGUGUUCCGGUUUGCGAACUAUUUUUGGAACCCGAACGUCUGAUGGGGCUUCUGCACUUUGGUUUUUGAACAUUUUGGAAGUCAAAUGGACUUCCAGAACGGAUUCCGUUUGACUUCCAAGGUACGACUGUAGUUUCUUCUAAAUUUGCAUCUCUGCAUAUAAAUUAGCAUAUGUCAUUUGGAUGCAACUCUCCUUUUUUGGUGAUGCAAAGGGGGACCUUUUUGGACAAUAUGUAGGUGGUUGCCCUACUAGGAUGUCUUGACACUGAGCCUGCAAAAAGUUUGAGAGAGCAAACAGAACACAAGUGAACCAAAUGCAUUUAGCAGGAGAGUCACUGAGCAGCGAUGCUUUACAAAAGAAUUCAAAAGGUGCAGGGGGGAAUCUAUGUCUCCCUGCUUGACAUCACUGCACAAGUCAGUAGCCAUAAGAAUGACAGACCCAAAUUGAAAAGGAUGCCAGACAAGUGCAGCCAGUCUUCAUAUCUCCAUUUCUAGAUCAUUAGGCUGUGAACAGUUAGAUGAAAUGCUUUUUUGGAUUAUUUUUUUUAAAUGGUGUUGGUACUCACACAUCAAGCACAAAAUGGCUGCUGUGGACAGCAGAAAAAGGAAGUGCCAGCACUCCAUACUGUGACCAAAAAAAGCCCUGGUAAUAUAUGUGUGUAUUUGCGUGUGUGUGUGUGUGUGUGUGUGUGUGUAUACACACACACACACACACACACACACAUGCCACCCCAAACCCUGAGCGGUGUGAUAUUCCAGGGCCCAGGCACUUACCCCGGGUUUGUGCUUCCUUUGGAAAUGAAGCACAAUGGAGGUUGUGGUGUCUUUAUGAUAUAUGCUUUAUUUACACAUAUUUACAGCCCAAGCCUACGACUGAGGAGCUCAAAGCAUUGCACUCCCAGAGGGUCCCGUUUCUCCCAUUACUGCAGGCUCUGAUUCAAACUGUCAGCCCACAUUGCCCUCUGACUUCCCCUCUCCAGCUUGCCGCGUUUAACAGACUGACACCUUUUCCCUUCAAUCACGCCACAGCAAACUGAAAUCCUAAACCAACUGGUCUCCUUUUGUACAAUAUCUCAGGGCUCAAGGAUGGGCUUCCCCCAUUUGCUGGCGGGCAUAGAGUCUUUGUUUUGCUAAUAGCCCAUCUCCCUGUCUUUGUCCCCUACUAAUCUUCUUCUCCUGGGCAAUUUCUUAGGCACAGAAAAAGUGGUUUGGCCUGUAUUUUGACACUUUGCUAUAUCCAGCAUCUGGCAACCCAUCUUAAUACUCCAAGGAUUGAUUAAACUCUGACACCCAUUAGACCCAGGAAUUUAGGGGGACCAAGAAACACACAAAUGCAUAACAAUAGAUAAAGAUCCUCAGAAUGCUGAAUUCUGCACUGUACAAAAAUUUAUACUUUUUUAGAACAUGCUAAACCCUACCUGUGCAACUCUCUUAGGUUUUCACCCUAGUUACCAUCCCAUCCCUGGAUGAUAGGAGAGAUCUUUCUGCAAUGAUUCACAUGCUUCCUGACAGCAUUCCCCAUUGUUCUGCUGUGCUGUAGUCUCUCCUCCUCAAUCCUUCCCUUUACAAGAUAAAGAGGGACUGGAGCAUUCCUAUACAAUUGAAACGCAGCUGUUUCCUCUCUCUCAUAUUUUCCCCAUCUUUAAAUUUCCUGUUGAUGUUUCAACCUGAGAGAUCAGGGUGGUGGUUGUUUUCUUUUUUUGAAAAAGGUAGGAAUCUAAGGCUCCAUCCAGCUAAGUGGCAUAUCUCAGUAGUAGUAACCCUACAGUUCAAAACACCUAGUUAAUUCAACAAAAUGCAUGGGGUUUUGCUGGUGCAACGGACUUCUGUGCAUGCAACAGAUCUUCCUCUUCCUCUCCACCCCCAUCGCUGAGGUCCAGCGCCGAGGGCCUUCUGGCGGUUCCCUCACUGCGAGAAGCAAAGCUACAGGGAACCAGGCAGAGGGCCUUCUCCGUAGUGGCGCCCGCCCUGUGGAACGCCCUCCCACGAGAUGUCAAAGCAAUAAACAACUACCUGACAUUCAGAAGACAUCUUAAGGCAGCCCUGUUCAGGGAAGUUUUUCAUGUGUGACAUUUUAAUGUAUUUUUAAUCUUUGUUGGAAGCCGCCCAGAGUGGCUGGGGAAACCCAGCCAGAUGGGUGGGGUACAAAUAAAUUAUUAUUAUUAUUAUUAUUAUUAUUAUUAUUAUUAUUAUUAUCCUGUCCCCUUCAGCCCUCCAUGCACCCUCAGAAUCCACCCCAGAGCAGAUUUGGAGGGAAUGUGAGGGAGAAGAGAAAACAAAAUAUAACUAAAGAUUGAACUUCUGCCUUUGAAACUCCCUGAUGAAAGACCCGAGACAUCCAAAACUCAUUGGGUAUUAACACCCCCCCAUACAUCUUUGCUUCCUGCUCUGCUCACCCCUCCCCCUUGCAUUUGCCUCAGUUUCUCUUUUUUGCUGCAUUAAGUGAAAGUAUGGGCAUCUUUUCAAAACAUAAUAACUUUUGUUUGCUUUUGUAUGUAGCUGUUGAUUCUUUUUCUUUGUACAGCUGUUAUACUAAAACUUUUCACUGCACAAAAGUGCUUUAUAAUUCCUACCACAGUUAGCUAUCCCAACAUACCUGUGUACUUACCUGAAAGAAUGUUGCUCAAGGCAACCCAUUGAGCUUCAUGGCCAACAUGCAGUGCUCCCUUUCUCCUCGAAAUCCCAUCUCUCAGCAAGGGUUAUCCUCCAGGAGGGUCCUUGAAUUCAGUGUGGGCCCUUCCUUGCCAUCCCAGGACAGCUGGCAAAAUCAGGGCAUUUAUUAAUCCUCGUGCUCCACCAUAGGUAGCCCAUGGGCCGAUUUCAGUGUUGUGGGUCUGAAAUUCUUCAGGCCAAGCAGAAUUUCUGUAGUGGAGAUGCAGGAAGUUGGAUACGCUCUAGCUCCUCUGUCACAUCUCAACGAACGGUUCUUCUCUCUGUAGCCUUCAAUGCAGCAAGAUAUGAGAAAUUACAAAAAGAGAAGGAGGAGCUGGAAAAGAAGUUUGAGGGCAAGUUGAGGACGCUCGGUUGGGAGCAACAGGAGGAGCUCCGUGCGCUCGAAGAGCGGCUGCAGUUACAGUACAGUGCCGAAAUAGAGCAAUUGCAAGAGGAUCACAAGGCGCAACUCAUCAGGAUCAAGAGCCAGCACCAAGAGCAGGUCAGUCAUGCUCUGCGAGUUGUAUGUCCUCUUGGCAGUGACUGUGACUACAGGUGUGUGAUAAAGUCAAAUCUAUGCACGUCCCUGAUUUGAUUGUUGGUUUCCCUUAGAGUAGCUUCCCUUCCUCCUGCCAUCAGCCUCCAUCACAUACACCAGGAGUGGGGAAUCUUUUUCUGCUGGAGGGCCAAAUUCCCUUCUCUGCAGACUUCUGAGGGCCACAUUCCAGUGGUGGGUGGGGCACUGAAUAGCACUGAGGAAAUCUGCAUUUGAAUCUUGACAUUUAUUGUGAACUGUUUUGAGCAAGGUCCACCGUGGGAAAGUGGCAUAUAAACUAGGGAUGGGGAAUGUGUUCUCCUCCAGAUGUUGUUGUGGUUCUGAGGCUGAUGAGAGCAUGGCCAAUGGUCAGGGAAGAUGAAAGUUGUAGUCCAACAACAUCUGGAGAUGUUCCCCAUCUCUGGUUCCCCAUCUCUGAACUAAACUCUGGUGCCCCUGAGAUGCUUCCACACUGGGGCGAAGCAGGAGCUCUCCCCCAGUGUUGCUCCCCAGAAUCUUGUAUUCAUUCACAGUCACAAUGUCUCUGAAACUAGAGAUCGCACAUAGACAUCAUGGCUCAUAGACCUUGGUAGCCUUGCCCUCCAUGAAUUUGUCUAACCUCCUUUUGGAGCCAGCUACGCUAGCUUUAUCUGUACGGCUUUGCUCUUUGAACAGGUGGAAGACAUUACAACAACUCAGGAAGCAGCGGUGAUGGAGAUGGAAAACAGUCAAGCAGUUGCUAUUGCAGUGCUUCAGGAUGAAUAUGAGCGCAAAGUUCAAGGUAAUACUCUGUUCUCCCGGACUUAGAGAUAUGAACUUGUGAAGAAGUCUGCUUAGCAAAGCAGGAUACAGAUAAUCAUAUGUUCUUAAGGACCAUGUUGAUACUGUACGCAUUCCUUCAACAGUUGAGUCCUUGCUCCAGGCGCCAUCACUGAAUGGAGUUUGCCAGGUGUCCAGUAGGAGCAGGGCCUUCUCAGUAGCAGCACCCUGACUCUACGAAAUGACCUCUCCAGAGGGGGUCAGCCAGCCCCCCCCACUAUAUACUGUCCAGUGUCAGGUUAUAACUUGGCUUUAUCUGAUCCUGCUAUGUUUUGAUUGGAUUCGGCUGACAUCUACUCAUUGUUAUGCUAUCAAGAUUGCAUAAUUCCUAUUGGAUGGGGAUUUUCUUUAUUCUAUCCUUUGUUUUCCUUCAGCUUUAUACCUUUAUGUUUUAUUUGUAAGCUGCUUUGGGCCAUAUCUGAUAAGAGAAAGUGCACAAAUAAAAUAAAUGAGCACGCUAUUGAGGGGGCUUCGCUUUGCUGCCGCCCUCCUGACGGCGGAGUCAGUGCUGCUUGUCAGCCAGAGCAGUCAUGUAAUUGGGGCAGGACACUAUAUUUUCCUGAAUACAAGCAUUUGAGCAGCUGCAAACUUUUCAGAUAUUUUUGUUGCUUGCUUUCAAACAUAAUGUAAGUUCUGAUCUGGUUUGAAUACAAAAUUGAAAGUUCGCUUCCUCUUAAGUGCCUUAACGGCAGUGAACUAGAGGCAUUAAGCUACAUUUUGAUCCGUCUCCCCUCCCCUGUACAUUGCAUAUCCCUGCCCUCUACCCCCAAUUUAAGUUUUCCUGUGAUUCUAUAGAUGCACUUUCCUGGAGUAAACACCAUUGAAGUCAGUGGGACUAUCUUCAUUACUUGCUCUGUUCCCAACCUGCCCCUGCUUUGAAGUCAUACUAUGAAUGGUUUGGGCACUAACCUAUCAGUCAGAACAUUGCAGUCCCUCUGAUGUUUAAAUGUUUAAUUUUAUUCUUUGCUGCUUACGUUGUGGUCAGUUUGUUAUUCCUGAUUCUGCAUUGCCCAAUGCCCCACCAGCCCAAAUGUGUAGCAGUCGCUCCCAACAACCCCUCUGCAGAUCCCUUUAAAUUGCUGGUGCCAGAAACCUGUGACCUUCUGCAUGCAAGGCUUCUGUGUUGUCACUGAGCUAUGGCCCCUACUAUCACUGACUAAGGAAGAUGCCAAGCUGCUAAGGCGCCUUUGUUGGUUUAUUGUGACAACAGCCUCCUUCUCUGCCUAGUAGAUCUGCCAUCUCCUUAAGGUGGACAGGGCAGAGUUAAAGGCAGGGAAGACGCCCCACGAAAGGAACUGAGGAGGGAACUUCAGUCUAUCACAACUGGUGCAGAGGAAGUUCCAGAGCAGGAGUUUUAAAGGCAGGGUUUAAAGUCAGAAGUUGGCAUUCAUGAGUAACGUGCAUAUCUAUUUGAGAAAAUGUAAUCCUGCUGAUUAAGUAUCUGCUAAACUUCUCAUUAUUCAGGCAGCAUAGCCACGGUUUAUAUUAACAUUUUACAAGUGGUAAUCCACUAGGGCUAGGGGUUGUUUAGGGAGUUUUGUUGGCAGGGAGUGGUUGCUGUUGGCUUCCCCCCUGUAUCUUUAUUUAAAUCUUGUGAUUUAUGUAGAAAUUGUUUAGUUUGGUCGUGCAUUUUUAAAUGAUUUGUUUAUUGUUUAUCACAACUUUUGUUACGUUACAGCUAUGCACAUUUUUCAUGUUGUAAGCCGCCUUGAGCAUGGUUUGAACUGUGGAAAGAUGGCAAACAAAUAAGAUUCUGCAUGUAUGCGUGUUGCAGGCAUUUUACAGUUGAUCUCUAUCAUGGAUUUGGAUUAUCACUAUAUUCAUGAACAAUUCCCACCCACCCACUGCCCCUUUGUGUAAGGCUUUUUGGGUUAUAUUUUACAGUGAAGGAAUCCCUGAAAUGCUGCUUUCGGACCAUGUGAGAGUUCCUUGCAGGCCUAGGGCCCCCUCUCGUGGAUGAAAUUGUCACUGAAACAGCUGAUUGGUGAAUAGGAUUUAUUUAUGGAGUCGCUGUUUCAGAGCAAUUAGUUGGGCUAUUAAAUUUUAACACGCUCUCCAUACCAGUUCCUUGGGCUAUUAAACCAUAGAUUACUACAGGGCCAACUAAAAUUUCAUAUCCAUAAUAAAAUUGGUUGAAGAAGAGUUUCCCAUAGUCCCUGCCAUGCAGCCUUUGGAAUGGGCACACAACAGAGACUUCUCCUAAAUUUAGUGUGAAUUGAGGGUUGUUCAGGGAGCAGCUGUACAAAACAAGAGCUGUUCCUGUAACUACUACAGCUUUAUUUAAAAAGUAGGGAUCCACAUCUUGUUAUCCCCCAUCCAAGCUGGUAAGAGGCAUCUUUCCCAUUCAAGGACAAAUUCCAGUCAGGCAAAAUCAGUCAUGGAGGGUGGAGAGCAAGGCCAGGGGGGCACAUCUGGCCCCCUGGGACUGAGGUUGUCCAGCCCUAUCUUAAACAUAUAGUCUUCUGUAUUUUCCCCCACAUCUGGCCACUCUGUUGCUAGAGCCAGUGCCUGAUUCUCCUGCUAGUCCUUUCUGCUAGAUCUUCCACACCAUACAUGUCAAGUGCUGUGAUACCACUUUAAACACUCAGAGCUUCUCCCCAAAGAUUUCUGGGAGUCGUAAUUUGUUAGGGGUACUGAGAGUUGUUAGGAGGGUUUUAUUUCCCUCACAAAGCUACCAUUCUCAGAGUGAUUUGAUAAUUGCUCGCUCUUCACAAGGAGCUCUGGGAAUUGCAGCUCUGUAAUGGGAAUAUAAUGGGAUGCGGGUGGCGCUGUGGGUUAAACCACAGAGCCUAGGGCUUGCCGAUCAGAAGGUCAGCAGUUCGAAUCCCCACAACAGGGUGAGCUCCCGUUGCUCGGUCCCUGCUCCUGCCAACCUAGCAGUUUGAAAGCACGCCAAAGUGCAAGUAGAUAAAUAGGUACCGCUCUGGUGGGAAGGUAAACGGCAUUUCCGUGCGCUGCUCUGGUUCACCAGAAGCUGCUUAGUCAUGCUGGCCACAUGACCCGGAAGCUGGACGCCAGCUCCCUCGGCCAAUAAAGCGAGAUGAGCGCUGCAACCCCAGAGUCGUCCACAACUGGACCUAAUGGUCAGGGGUCCCUUUACCUUUAAUGGGAAUAUAAGGGUCUCCUAACAACUCUCAGUGCCCUUAACAGACUGUAUCUCCCAAGAUUCCAUGGGGGGGAAGCCAUGGCUCUUUAAAGUCCUUUAAAUGUAUGGUGUGUUGUGGCCUAAACAAUAAAUCAGUAGCCCGGAGGCAAAGCCACAUCAACCCACAGAGUAAGAGAGACCAUAUAUGCACAUUGUAGUUCAGACUAGAACAGCACACCGUCUCGUAUUUAAACGCCAAAAAAGUUUGGACAUCCCUUGGCCUGGACAUCGUACGGGGCUGAGCAAGGCAUGUGGCAGUUGGACUGCAGCAAAGCUGAGCCUAGCUGAGACUGAAGGACUGUAGCUGACAUUGGGUGUGUUGAUGCAACACUAAUGACCUCAUUUCCAGUCGGUCGGAUUUCCACUAUUUACUGGGAGGUAGAGGAGCAAGGUGGCGGUGAGGUCAGUGCAGCACAAACCCACCAGUGGGAGCGUAAAAUGGGCUCUGCCGUUGUGUUUGCACCAUGCCGUUCUCAAUGCUGCCUUGUCCCUCCCUCUCUACCUCCCAAUAAGCAUCCAUGUCGCGAUUGGGUGGCGAUCAGAUAAACGACAGUGCCCCCACUCAUGUCAUCCACUACUGCCCAAGGAUUGUGAGUAAUGGAUGUGUCACAAUGGUUCAAUGUGACAUUUUUUAAUUCCUUCCCAGAACUAAAGUCUGCACAUGAACUGGAAAAAAGAGAACUGGAAGAGAAUUUUGAGAAGCUACGUCUGUCACUCCAGGUUAGUAUCACUUUCGACAUACAAAACCUUAUCAUUUGUCAAAAGGAUCUACUUAAAGCACAUCCAACACACGUGACUUCCCCUCAACAAAUCCUGGGAGGUGUAGUUUCCACCUUACAGAGCUACAAUUCCCAGCACCCUUAACAAACCACAGUUCUGUGGAGUCUUUGAGGGAAGUCACAUGCUUCAAAUGUGUAUUGGGGUGUGCUGUAAAUGUAUGGUGUGGAUCUGCCCUAGCAGCCAUGGCUUUCCCCAAAGAAUCCUGGGAGCUGUAGUUUGUUAAGGGUGCUGUGAGUUGUUAGGAGGCCCAUGUUCCCCUCCAGAGCUGCAGUUCCCAGUUUAACAGUCAAUCCAUCUUUCCAGGGUUCUUUGAGAAUUGUAGUUCUGUGAGGGAGAUAGGAGUCUCCAAACAACUCUCAGCAUGCUUAGCAAACUACAGCCCCCAUGAUUCUUUGGGGUAAGCCCUGACUGUUAAAGUGGUAAGUGCGCUUUACAUGUAUAGUGUGGGUGUGACCUUAGUCAUGACUAAUUUUAUUCCCGCCAAUUCAGUAGGACUUGUGGCUGGCUGGCUUUCUCUGCAUCAGGGCCACCGCCUAAAUGGUUUGCCUUGCAUCGAGUAAAAGCGUCACAGGCAACUGUGUUUGCACUUGAUUACAGGACCAGGUUGACACCCUCACUUUUCAGAGCCAGUCUCUGAAGGACAAGGCAAAACGAUUUGAAGAGGCAUUAAAGAAAAACACAGAAGAGCAACUAGAGGUAACAUGAGAUUUGCUUUUAUGGAACUUAGUGUGACUCAUAAGAACAAGAGAGUUCCCCUUUCAUCGCUACUCUUACUUCCAGUAAACGUCUUCAGAAAGUGUUCUGCAGAUCCUGGCCCAUCAUGGACUGCCUCACGCUCAGCCCCAUGAGGGAAGGCUGAGGUUUUCACACAGCUGGAAUAACCUGGCCUAGGGGUGACUUUAGGCCCAGUCGUUUUACCUUCCUUUUCUGUUUAACCUGCUUUGGUUAGAUUUUGAAAUUAAGGGAGAGGGAUUGCGUUUGUUCUUCAGCUAUUGGGGUCUCCAAAAUUGGGAGGGCUCCUCCUCAUACUGAAGGUUCUGGAAGCCUCCAGAAAGCCUUCCUCCUAGAGUGGAUGAGGAGAGUCUCCCAUCUCUCCUGGGUAAGUCAUCUGCUUCUUUUUCUUUACUGUCAAUUCUCCUUCGCCUCAGAUUGCAAUGGCUCCAUACCAGCAUUUAGAGGAAGACAUGAGUAGCCUGAAGCAGGUCUUGGAAAUGAAGAAUCUACUCAUUCAUCAACAGGAGAAGAGGAUCAUAGAGCUAGAGAGGCUGGUGAGCCCUUGGUUUUUGUCUCUCUUUAGAAAGCAAUACACAAGGGAGUGAAAAGGCACAAAAGCUUGUGUAUCCAUUAGUGGAGGGACAAGGAACCUGUGGCUCUCCAAAUGUUGUUGGACUCCAUGUCCCAUCAGCCUCAACCAGUUUGGCCAAAGGUCAGGGAUGAUGGGAGUUGUAGUCCAGUAACUUCUGGAGGGCAAGUUCCCUGUUCCUGCAUUAGAAUCACAAGCUAGCACAAUCUGUUUAAGCAGGCAACUCUGGUUUGGAAUGUGGUCAUUUUAGAGAUGCAAACUGGGAAGGGGGAAGGAAUUAUUAUUAUUAUUUAUUAAAAAUUUGUAUACCACCCUUCAUCCAUAAUCUCAGGGCAGUUCACACCAUAAAAAUUAAGAAGCAGUGCAGAAAUUAAGAUGUUCCUAUAUGGUAUAUUUGAAAUGGGAAGGAAUCUUACUUUUUAAAUCUCCAUUUCACCUCUCACCCUUUCCCUCUGUUCAAAGCCACUCUUGGCUAAGAGACAGUAGGAUUUGGGGAGGCAGGAACUCCAUUUUAUAAUGUGAUAGCCCAGUGCAAGACAGUAGCUACAGUAAAUAUUACAGUAUGUUAACAUCAAGUCAGGGGUAAAAUUAAUCCCUGCAUGCAUUCUAGAGUUUCCAUUUCCAAAUCACACAACAAAAUACUGCACUGUAGAAUGGCUGUGCUCGGGAGCCAGCCAGCCAUGACCUCUCCCAGGAAACUCCAUUCAGUCCCAUCCACCUGUGAUUCCAGAUUUCUUUUUCCCAACCAGUCAAUCAGCAUUUAUUGCCCGCUGAGCAUGCUCAUUAGGGCUUUGGCCCCACCCCCACUGGUUCCAUCCUGACCCGCUGCCAGCAUGUGGCCCCUGACAAAUCGCCCCAGAGGGAAUGUAGUCCUUUGACCAAGAAGAAGAAACGGUCUGAGGUGACAAAAGUGUAGGGAAGGAAGACUAGCAGUUAAACCCUUGCUAAAGCAGAUACAUGCAUAGAUUGUUUCUCGGCUAGGCACUCUUAAUUAAAACCAGGUGUGUUUCUCCCAAGUGGAGAAACACAGCAACACCCUCUGGGAUCAGGCUGGUUAUCACGCAGGUGAGCUCCUGUGUGUUUACAACCCAUCAGUACCAUCCAAUCUGUGCUGCCACUUCUGCUGCAAUGAAUUGGUACAAUACUGCAUUAUUAUUAUUAUUAUUAUUAUUAUUAUUAUUAUUAUUAUUAUUAUUUUACUGCUGCAAUUGCUACAUAUAUUUAAAGCUGUCCCUCCUAUAUUGCAGGCUGAAAAGAACUUAAUAUUAGAAGAAAAAAUUCAGGUGCUCCAGCAGCAAAAUGAGGAUCUCAGAGUCAGGAUUGAUCAGAACACUGUGGUGACAAGGUCUGUCUAGACGUUUGCUCCCCAGCUUGGCAUUUCAAGCAGCUUUCAGUUCACAUCUUUGUGUAUGUGUGUGUGCUCACUCUGUGUCUAUUUGCAGCAGCCUGGUACCAUUCAGAUGUUCUGGGCUCCAGUUCCCAUCAGUCCUGACCAUUAGCCAUGCUAGCUGGGGCUGAUGGGAAAUCUAGUCCAAAAAAAGGAGGGGGGAGGCUGCUUUGUAGAAUCAUAGCAAUGCAAGGAACUUGUUAAACUUACUUAUUUCUGAAGUACCAGAAGGCUACGCAUACUUAUUUGGGAAUAAGGCUCAUUAAACUCAGUGGAACUUAACUUCCAAACAGACAUGCACAGGAUUGCAUUGAUGGAGACUGGGCUGUGAACCAGGAAAUGCCUGAUUCAAAUCAGGACUGCCUUGGACUCACUAGGAGUACAGUCUUAUGUAAAGCAACUCCAACUGAAUUCAGCAAGGCUUACUACCAAGCAAAUGGGCAGACGGCUGCAUCCUAAGUGAUCUUCCUGAAACCACUGUUUCUCAGACUCUGCUCUCGUUGAUGCUGGCACCAGUCUCCCUUACAGGGUUGCUAGGAUUCCUGAGAAAAUCCAUAUGGAAUGAUUCCUACACACUACGGAGGCAAUUCUAUGUACACUUUUGGGGGGAUGGGCCCCGCUUUACACAGUGGGACUUGCUUCUGAGUAAGCGUGCUUAGGAUUGUGCUGAAUAGUAUUGCGUGUUGUUAUUAACCCUCUGCCUCAUACACAGAGUCCUCCAUAAACAAAGCUUUCCUCCUUAGGAGUUGGCAACGCUCCCCCUUUACCGCGGAUCAGGGCUGACUCGAGGUUUAGUUUGCAAGCAGUUGAUCUUCAACAUCUACGCUGAAAACCUCUGGGUAUCGGAGUAGCCGUUAUACUGAAACCUGUAGCUGUACACUUCCAAGUUAUGGCACUUUGCAGAAGGAUGGAUUUCUCUGCAAAACAUUAGCACUGUACACAGAACGCCACGCUUAAGAGCACUGUGGGCGCCUGUCAAUUUGUGGGGCUGAGCCUGGCUUACCAUGCAGUCUUCAACCACGUACCACAUUGAUUUUAUGGGUGCUUUUGUCCGUUUUGUGGCUGUUUCUUGUGCAAACCUGCAGCAUGUUGAUACAGAAUUCUUGUUUUUAAGGUAGUGCGUGUAGAGCACGUGACAUUGCACAGAAUUCAUAAAUUCAAAGAACCUGAUGAGGAGAAAUGCAGAAGGAGCACCACGUUCAUAGCAAAAAUACAACAGAUUCCUGCAGUACCUGAAGGAGCUUGGGGCAUGAGCCUGAAUAGGCAAAAUGCCCCUUUGCUAGAUGCUCCAGUUAGAAAAUGUAAUCAUGUGGGAUGGAGAGACAAAGGAAAGAUACCUGCCCAUCUACCUCCCCCUUCAGGAAUAGCCCAGUAACUAACCAGUUGUGCAAACACGUGUAUCAGAAAUCACUGGAUCUAUGCUGCCAAAUAGAGACGGCAGCUGCAACCCACCCCCCCCCCCCAAAACAGGAAGUAUUGCUUCAGUGUGGCAUUAUAUUUGCUGUUGUGUUUUCUGAAGCCCCACUGCAGUUGCUGAACCCCGUCUGCCUCAGCAGGAACUGGUCCCCAGAGAGCCAGUAAAACACAGCACCUGCUGGUUCCACCCCCCCCCCCAUGUGGACGGGGAGGCCUAUGCCUUAUCUUUCCCCAUGUUUCAAAGCUCGUCUCUGCUGUAACCUGACCGUUUCUUUCUUCUGUUGGCGUCAGCCUCGGAUGACGCAGCAAAAAGACAAUCCCAGCACUGUAUGCGGGAGAGAGGCAGGGUAACAGUCAGAGGGCUAUUUAUUCUUUGCUUCUGCUUGCCAAAGCAAAUUGUCCUUGGGCACAUGCUGGUAUCGGUAUUAUAAGAAAAAAGAGAAAGGGUAAAAAACGCUUGUCAGCAAAGGCACAUCCCUGCUCAAAAGGCUCUUGGAAGAGACUGCCACUUGGCUGUGUUAACUCCCAGUUCUCCUCCUCCAGCAAUCUAUCGGUUGCUUACUGUCUCAGGAGCAGGGAUGCUGUCUGACAGGCUCUUGUAUCACGGAGCAUCACCUUGCAACUCUCUUCUAUCUCAGUGAAGGCAAAGGCUCUGGGGUCUCGAUGUCCCUACAUGUCACUAGUGGCAUUGAUUUUUCUGGCUUUUAAGAGGUGAACAUAGGAAGUUGCCUUUCGCUGUGUUUCACCAUUAAUGCAUCCCUCAUCCUCGUGUCCAUUACUCUGUUUAGCAGUGGCUCUCGGGGGGUUUCCCAUUCCUGCCUCCAGAGAGCCUUUUAAGUGGCUGCGCAGGGGAUUGCACCGGGGGCCUUUUGCACGCAAAGCAUGUUCUCUACCAAUGAACUAUGUCCCCUUCUGUUAAGAAAUGCCCAGUUUUGCCCUGCACCUGUGCUUCUGAACCCAUUUCUGCUUGUCUUCUAGAAUGGCUCGGGGCUAGUUCACAACUGCAUGACUGUGACGCCAAGAGCGUGCUAUCCACACUUGAUUGGCAGAUGAAUGUGUGAACUAAUUCUGUUUGGGGGGGGGAUACUGGACUGCAUCCAGUUGUGGCCUGGAGGACUAUUGGAACCAUGGAAGCAUCCAUGAAUGGAGAGGGAGCAGCAUUUUUUCCUGAUACCCCUCUUCCACCCAAGAAAUCUGCUCCAGAUGGUUGGGGAACUCUUCAGAACAGCAUGGGAGGUAGUGUAGCAGGCUGCAGGGAAACGGGAAUUUGCAAAAAUCCGCUCCCUCCCCCUUCCAUCCAUGGAGGACGUUGCUGGAGCAAGAACCCUCCAUGAAGGGAAGGAUGCAACUGAAUACAACCCAUUGUGCUUGAGGAAAUACUAAGUGAUGAAAAUUUUGUCUGAAUGUGGUCCAUUCAUGAUGGCCCAUUCAUCCCUCAUUCACUUGAUGGUGAAACGUUCAAGGGGCAGGGAUGUGUGAAUGAACCAGUCUAAAGACAAGCGACACAGACUGAGGAAAAUCUUUGAUUCCUGGGUGGUGGGGUUCUUUCCCAUUCACUAAAGGUCCAAUUUAUAUUAGGCCAUGCAACAGCAGACUAUUUUCUUUGCACUUUCCAAGGAGUGGGAUGGUAAGUAUCCAAAUCAUGUAGGCAAAGAGUUUUCAACAAGACGUGAGAACUGUUUACAAAAUAGAUGAAAACUGGUGGACCUCCAGCCACUGCUGGCCUCCCAUUGCCCUUUUGUCCGACGGCCACGUUGGUUGGAGCUGAUGGGAGCCCAGUGACACCUGGAGAGCACCAGGUUCCCAAUCCUUAGUUUACAAAAUGGAUCCAACGAGGACUUGCCGCAAUUCUGAAAUUUUGAUUUUGACUUGACCGUGCCUUGUUUCCCUCUCCAGGCAGUUAUCUGAAGAAAAUGCUAAUCUCCAGGAAUACGUUGAAAAAGAAUCCAAGGAAAAGAAGAGGCUAAGUAGGACUAAUGAAGAGCUGCUGUGGAAGCUUCAGACGUCGGACCCCAUGAGCCCAGUUAAGCUGUCGCCAACAUCGCCCACCCAUAUUUAUCGGUCUUCGUCAGGACCUCCCACCCCAGCUAAAGUCAGCACUGUGCCAAGAUGA